AUGGCUGCUUCCACGGGAAGUGAGUUUUUCGAAGUAGGCAUUGAGUGCGAUGCGCCGAUUUCCAGGCAGUCCAACGCCGCGGCGGUGGCAGAAGACGAGGAGGAGCUCCGUUGGGCGGCGCUCCAGCGCCUGCCCUCACAGCAGCGAGGAAAUUUCGCUUUGAUUAGGCGCACCGUCUCGGAGCGGCAUCGCACUGGAGAUGCCGCUGAAACUCAUCUCGUCGACGUCCGGAAACUGGAUCGGCAAAAGCGUGAGCUUGUUGUUAAGAGAGCGCUCGACACUUCCGCGCAGGAUAAUUAUAAUCUCGUUUCAGGAAUCAAAGUGCGCAUCGACAGUGUGGGUUUGGAGAUCCCAAAAGUGGAGGUCCGGUUUGAGAACAUAUAUGUUACGGCAGAUGUACAAAUAGGCUCCAGAGCUCUGCCUACUUUGGUGAAUUAUUCUCGCAAUAUAAUUGAGAAAUUGUUCACUAAAUUGGGGAUAUCUCGGUCAAAACGACAUUCACUUUCAAUCCUGAACAACAUUAGCGGUGUGUUAAAGCCUGGAAGGAUGACACUGCUUUUGGGGCCUCCAGGUUCCGGUAAAUCUACAUUACUACGAGCUCUUGCUGGGAAACUAGACAACAACUUGAAGAAAAGUGGAACCAUUACAUACAAUGGCCAUAAGUUUGAUGAGUUCUACGUUCAUAGAGCGUGUGCUUAUAUAAGCCAGACAGAUAAUCACAAUGCCGAACUAACUGUAAGAGAAACUCUUGAUUUUGCUGCUAGAUGCCAAGGAGCAAGUGAACUUUUCUCAGGAUAUAUGAAGGAUCUUACCAGACUAGAAAGGGAAAGAAAUAUUCGUCCGGACCCAGAUAUAGAUGCAUAUAUGAAGGCAUCAUCUAUUGGUGGUACAGAGCACAGUGUCUCAACUGAUUAUUUGUUGAAAGUCCUUGGUCUUGAUGUAUGUGCGGAUACACUUGUUGGUAAUGACAUGAUCAGAGGUGUCUCUGGAGGACAAAAGAAGAGAGUGACUACAGGAGAAAUGGUGGUUGGGCCCCGGAAAACACUUUUCAUGGAUGAAAUUUCUACAGGGCUUGAUAGCUCUACGACAUUCCAGAUUGUUAAUUGUACACGAAAUUUUGUUCAUUUCAUGGAAGGAACUGUUUUAAUGGCUCUUCUUCAGCCUCCUCCAGAGACCUUUGAUCUGUUUGAUGAUCUUAUACUACUCUCCGAUGGAUACCUUGUAUAUGAAGGACCUCGUGAUGGAGUAAUAGAGUUUUUUGAGUCCCUAGGUUUUCGAUUACCACCUCGCAAGAGCAUUGCAGAUUUUCUACAAGAAGUUACAUCAAAAAAAGAUCAGGCUCAAUACUGGGGUGAUUCUUCAAAACCAUACCAAUUUAUUCCAGUUUCGAAAAUUGCCGAAGCAUUUAGCAAGUCAAGAUAUGGACAGGAAGUGGAAUCUUUUCUAUCCACACCUUAUGAUAAGUCUAAAAAUCACCCUUCAGCACUUCCCAAAACUAAAUAUGCUGUAUCAAAUGUGGAGCUAUUUAGAGCUUGCUUUUCAAGAGAGCUUCUGAUGAUCAGCCGGCAUAGUUUUCUGUACAUCUUUAGAACAUGCCAGGUGGCAUUUGUUGCAUUUGUGACAAGUACAGUGUUUCUUCGGACAAGAAUACAUCCCAUUGAUUUGGCAAAUGGGCAGCUUUAUCUGUCAUGUUUAUUCUAUGGAAUGGUGCACAUGAUGUUCAAUGGAUUUUCUGAGCUACCUUUAAUGAUAUUUCGACUGCCAGUAUUUUAUAAGCAACGAGACAAUCUCUUCUAUCCUGCUUGGGCAUGGUCUAUUGCAAGUUUCAUCCUCCGUGUGCCAUACUCACUGAUUGAAGCUGUUGUGUGGACUUGCAUAGUGUAUUAUUCUGUUGGGUUUGCUCCUUCUGUUGGAAGGUUUUUCCGUUUUAUGCUUCUGCUCUUUAGCGUACACCAAAUGGCAUUGGGUCUCUUUAGGACAAUGGCUUCUGUUGCAAGAGACAUGAUCAUCGCUAAUACAUUUGGAUCUGCUGCUUUGUUGGCAAUAUUUUUACUGGGUGGAUUUAUAUUGCCAAAGGCAAUGAUCAAGCCAUGGUGGACAUGGGCCUAUUGGUUGUCUCCUUUAAACUACGCUCAGCGUGCAAUUUCUGUAAAUGAAUUCACUGCUACAAGAUGGUUGGAGAGAUUUCUGGUAAUGGAUGGUCAUCCUGCUCCUCUUGGUUAUGAAAUUCUCAAGCUUCAAAGUUUACCUCAUGAUGAUUUUUGGUAUUGGAUUGGAGUAGGUCUUUUGAUAGCUUAUGCAGUUGUUUUUAAUAUUGCAGUGACAGCAGCCCUGGCCUUUCUCAACCCCCUAAAAAAAUCGCAGACAAUUUGUCCACCAGAUGAUGAGCAAAAUAUAUUUCCCAGGGAUGGAAGGAAAACGAAAGGAAUGAUUCUUCCAUUUCAACCACUAACAAUGACCUUCCAUAAUGUCGACUACUUUGUUGAUAUGCCCAAGGAGAUGAGUUCACAAGGCAUACCAGAAAGAAGGUUGCAACUCCUGGACAGCAUCAGUGGCGUAUUUGCCCCUGGUGUCCUCACAGCAUUGAUGGGCUCAAGUGGAGCAGGGAAGACGACAUUGAUGGAUGUCCUUGCUGGACGGAAGACAAGUGGCUAUAUAAAAGGAGACAUUAGAAUUUCUGGUUAUCCAAAAGAACAGAGAACAUUUGCUCGAGUCUCUGGAUAUGUUGAACAGAGUGACAUACAUUCUCCUCAAGUCACAGUUGUUGAAUCGCUCUUGUUUUCUUCCUUUCUCCGGCUUCCCAAAGAAGUGAAUCAAGCCCAAAGGGAGGAGUUUGUGGAAGAGGUAAUGGAACUAGUGGAACUUGAUUCUCUACGGCAUGCAUUGGUAGGCUUGCCUGGCACUUCUGGAUUAUCUACAGAGCAAAGAAAACGUUUGACUAUAGCUGUGGAACUUGUUGCCAAUCCUUCAAUCAUUUUUAUGGAUGAACCUACAUCUGGUCUUGAUGCCCGUGCAGCAGCUAUUGUGAUGCGAACAGUUCGAAACACUGUCGAUACUGGAAGAACUGUGGUGUGCACGAUACAUCAGCCAAGCAUUGAUAUAUUUGAAGCUUUCGAUGAGCUUCUGCUUUUGAAGCGAGGGGGAAAAGUGAUAUAUGGUGGCAAACUUGGUGACAGGUCGCAAACCAUGAUCAACUACUUUCAGGCGAUUCAAGGAAUCCCCCCAAUACAUGAUGGUUACAACCCUGCAACUUGGAUGCUUGAGGUUAGCACACCUGCGAUGGAAGAGAAGAUUCAUCAAGAUCUUGCUGCUGUAUACCGAAAUUCGAAUCAGUAUAGGGAUGUUGAAGCUUCCAUCGAGAGGCAUAGUGUUCCGCCAGAAAAUACAGAACCUCUGAGAUUUACAACAACUUUUUGUAGAAAUACUUGGUCACAACUUGGAAUAUGCCUAUGGAAGCAAAAUAUUAUUUAUUGGAGAAGUCCGGCGUAUAAUGCAGUCAGAUUGUUCUUUACAACAUUAAGCGGUCUUAUAAUCGGGAGUGUAUUUUGGGAUGCUGGUUCAAGGAGAGAUUCGACUCAGAACUUGUUUGUUGUGAUGGGAUCUCUGUAUUCGGCAGCCAUGUUUUUGGGGAUCAACAAUUCUUCUUCAGUCCAGCCGGUGGUAUCCAUCGAAAGGACUGUUUUCUAUAGGGAGAAAGCUGCUGGAAUGUACUCCCCAAUUCCAUUUGCACUGGCACAGGGACUUGUGGAGAUUCCCUACAUUCUUGUACAAACAGUAAUCUACAGCAUCAUUACAUAUUUCAUGAUCAACUUUGAAAGAACACCAGGCAAGUUUUUUAUGUAUGCUGUGUUUAUGUUCCUGACAUUCACAUACUUCACAUUUUAUGGGAUGAUGGUUGUGGGUUUGACUCCCAAUCAACAUUUUGCGGCGGUCGUGUCAUCAGCUUUCUAUUCGCUAUGGAAUCUGCUCUCCGGCUUCCUCAUCCCGAAACGAAGAAUCCCGGGGUGGUGGAUAUGGUUCUACUAUAUAUGCCCGAUAGCGUGGACGCUGCGCGGCAUAAUCACAUCCCAGCUAGGUGAUGUGGAGACGACAAUCGUAGGGCCGGGAUUCCAAGGAACGGUGAAGGAGUUCAUUGAGUUGGAAUACGGUUACAACUCGGGAAUGACUGGUGUUAGUGUCCUUGUGCUCAUUGCUUUUAGCUUUACCUUCUUUGGUACAUUUGCCUUCUCUGUCAAGCUUAUCAACUUCCAAACAAGAUAGAAUACGAUCGAAGAAGAGGAAGAUAUGUCUCAACAAAGAAGAUGGAAGAUUAUAACAGCUGAGAAAUGAGAGCUUUGAUGCGAAUAAAAGAAUUAGCCAAAAUUUCAUAUUCAAUUAUCAUUUCUUGUAAUGUGGCAAAUUAAGCUAUCAUGCCCAAUAGACAUUUCAUUCAUGAGACG